GUCUGUGAUGAGAACAGUUAAACCGUAAUGGCGACUGCUGGGACAGCAGACUCGGGAUCAACAGCCCCGACAGAUAUUAGGACUCAGUUCUGGAGGAGAGCAUUUCAGCGAGGGACCAGCAGCAUCCGGAAAAUGGCCCCUUCAGAGAUGCCUGGCUCUUCUGGCACAACCCAGAGCAUGAAGAAGACCAUCGGACACCGGGGGGUUGAGACCACCACAGGAGAGACCACCUAUAAAAAGACCACGUCAUCCGCCCUAAAAGGUGCCAUCCAGUUGGGCAUCACCCACACAGUCGGCAGCUUAAGCCAAAAGGCGGAGAGGGAUGUUCUCAUGCAGGACUUUGUGGUGGUCGAAAGCAUCUUCUUCCCCAGUGAAGGCAGUAACCUGACUCCUGCUCAUCACUACAGUGACUUUCGCUUUAAGACCUACGCUCCUAUUGCCUUUCGUUACUUCAGAGAACUCUUUGGCAUUCGGCCAGAUGACUACCUGUAUUCUCUGUGUAACGAGCCACUGAUCGAGCUGUCUAACCCCGGGGCCAGCGGAUCCCUCUUCUAUGUGUCCAGUGAUGACGAGUUCAUCAUCAAGACCGUUCAGCACAAAGAGGCAGAGUUCCUUCAGAAACUGUUACCUGGAUACUUCAUGAACAUAAACCAAAACAAGCGCACCUUGCUGCCCAAGUUCUACGGACUGUAUUGCGUUCAGGCGGGGGGCAAGAAUAUCCGUAUUGUAGUCAUGAACAAUCUCCUGCCUCGGAUCAUCCCCAUGCACCUCAAAUAUGACCUGAAGGGCUCCACCUAUAAGAGACGAGCUUCUCCUAAAGAGAGAGAAAAGGCUGUUCCCACUUACAAAGAUCUGGACUUUAUCCAGGACUUGCCGGAUGGUCUGCUGCUGGAAGCGGACAACUACAAUGCCUUGUGCAAGACUAUUCAGAGGGACUGCUUGCUCUUACAGAGUUUUAAGAUCAUGGACUACAGUCUGUUGAUGGGCAUCCACAACAUGGACCAGGCCAGUCGAGAGCGGGAGCGCAGUGGGGGCAACUCGGGAGACAGUGGGGGGUCGGAGGGAGCAGUGACCCCAGAUCAGCGCCGGCCACAAGCUCAAAAAAGUCUGUACUGUACAGCCAUGGAGUCCAUUCAGGGCGAGGCUCGAGGGAAGGGGGCUUUGGAUUCGGAAGAUCACAUGGGCGGUAUCCCGUCUCGUAAUUCUAAAGGAGAGCGGUUGCUGAUUUACAUCGGCAUCAUUGACAUUCUCCAGUCCUACAGGUUUAUUAAGAAGUUGGAGCACUCCUGGAAGGCGUUGGUCCAUGAUGGGGACACCGUUUCAGUUCACAGACCCGGCUUCUAUGCAGAUCGUUUCCAGCAAUUCAUGUGCAGCACAGUGUUCAAGAAAAUUCCUCUUAAACCAUCCCCAUCUAAGAAGAGUCGUGGAGGAGGUCAGGGAGGUCUCAGGAGGGCCCCCACCCUGGGAGCUCCCACCCCGCUCUCCCACGCGACGGGACAGUCAGCCGUCGAUUCCAGACUAGUCUACCACAGCCACUUUAAAAGCACAGAUUCAGAGGCUGACGCUGGCGUGCAGUCGGGCAGACCAGAUCUUGUUCCGAGGACCCCUCCGCUGGGAGAAAACCCUGCUGACUACGAGGCCAACCUGUCCACCUCAUCACUAGGCAGCACAGGAGUCGCCUCCACCUCUCCUCCACUACGGUCUGUUGGGGUGGAAGUGCAUAAAUCAGCAAACACAGACCUUGACCAUCACAGUUUGGGGGCAGAAGGCGCUGUCGACAAUUUGGGUAACCUGUCUGGAAACGAAGAUGUAAUUUCACUCUCAGACAUCAUCCCUGAGACCAACAUCUGCUUUUAAAAACAAACUGACGUGAAGACGAGGUGGGCGGAAGUAACGAAAAAGAGACUGAGAGUCACCCAUCCAACCUGGACCCUCCGUUGCACCUCAGUUGUUUUCUCAGCCAUACAGUAUAUACAGGGAUCGCCGGAUGAAGCGGCGAGGUGCAGUGGAGGCUGUGACAGCGGAGAAAGAAGCGGUGGGAAGAUCUCGAAGACGGAGGGUGUGCGGUAGGCUUUAGACAGCCCAGUUGUCUUUGGUAUACACCCGGGAAAAAAGCUCAUAACCCUGACUUUGCAGCUUCUGGCAGCAAUACAUUAACUAAACAGAGAUUUCUCUUCACUUUCAAAACAUGAAGGAUACUUCGAUGACAUAACAAACAUAAGAAUUAGUUGUAUAUUGCUAAAAGCUCGUGCCCCAAGUCACCAGUGGAUGGUGAAAGCAGUCAAACUAUCCACGAAGAGUCAGUCAUCGUGUCAACUUUUCGCAGCAUGAAGCGAUUGUGAGAUGACAGCAUUUCAGCAAGAACACACACACACGCACACACUUAAGAGCACAUAAAGGGCGUGGCCUGCAUUUGUGUUCAUGUGAAGCGGGCUCACACCUCUGCGAUUCACACUCUAGUGUCCCGCACAUCCAUCUCCCCCCUUGACACUCCUCAUGAUUGGGGGCACUCUGAGCUAUCAGCAGUCCUUGUUCAAAUCAACACCUGCUGCUGUUGACUCUGCAGUUAUGUAUGCAUUUCUUUUUACAGAUUGUGGAUGUAAAGUAUUUGUUUGAAAUUGGAGGGAUGGGCUGAAACAGACCGAUAUGGUCAUUUUAUUUCACAUUUUUUGUCAUAAGUUAUUCUGCUGGAAGCCACGGCGGUGCUGCAACUCAAUCUUUUUCCACCGCUGAAUGUACAUUACAGUGUUUUUCUUAUAUAGAACGUGUCUUAUUAACAUGGCAGACCACGUUUGUAAAACCCUGAAAAUCUCCCCCUCUGAUGUGACCGUAUGUGCUCUGAACGAACACAGAGAGAAGAGCUGUCGACUGCAUUGCUGGCUAGUAGACGCUGUUAAAUGAAAUCAUGGUAUUACGCUAGUAGAAGAGUAAUAAUUUCCAGCAGCUGUCAUUCGUCUGUCAUGUCUGUGCCUUUACACGUUUGUCCCUUCACUAACAUGUGACGUAUAACUGACAUUGUUUUUUUACAGGUUAGUGUUACACAAAAAAAAAAACCUGCCUUAUCACUACAGCUGAAGUCAUCAAACUGCCAUUUGUAUGUCUGGACCAACAACCAGGGCGUAGAAGAAUUUCAGAUUUUAAUGCAAACACUAGUACAAUCCGUUUUGGUAAUGUCGAUCACUCAGUCACUGUGGUUCAGAUUAACCUUUUAAAUCUUCCGACAUCAGGCAGUAAAUAUGUCUGUGUCUUCUUAUUCAUUUCUGCUGGUUACAGAAAUGACCCCCGCCCACAUCCACUCUUGGACCAAUAUUAAUAACGUGUGUAUGACUAAUAUUUUUUUUUGUAUGUAGUCUUAUUCAGCUUUUACUCAGCUGUUCAUAACAAUUAUGCUUAUGUUGUUUAGGGCACUAAUAGGCUGCAUGCCCCCCCCCCCCCCCCAGAGAAGUUUCUGAUACAGAAAUGUGAAUGAUUACCAAGUGACUGUAGCAAAACUCAAGGUCUUAGAGCCCAGACACACCAAACCAACAUUAAAGACACUCGCAGCAUUGCAGUGAAGACAUCACCUUCUGGCCCAAAAAGCAUCUUCCCUGUUGACUACCAUUAUAAAAGAGACAUCUGUAACUGUUGACAGGACAGACUGCAUAUUCGUAAAACCUUCCUCAGCGAUUUAAAAAGCUGUGAUGUCAUCACAAUGCGAAGUCUGCAAGCAGCGAGAACUCUGCUCCCGCGAGAAACACUACUGCACAUAUUCAGCGGGCUGGAAAUCGCACAAGUAAACCCCAAAGCUAGAACGUUUUUGGGGUAUGUGCUUGUUGAGCGACAACAUUAUAAUGAAUAGGCACCAUUUUGGUGUCUGGUAGUUAUUGUUAAAAAUCUAUGGUGAGCCUUUGUUAUCCUAGUUUUUGCUUUUUCCCCCCUUUUUUUUAAUGACGAAUACAGACCACUGUUGCCUGCUGGUAAGGAGUUACUUCCUCUCACAUGGACACAGAAUUUACAUGCUAGUUAGAGCCGUUGGCUGUAGUUUUUGAGGUGUGUUCAGUGCAACUUUUUGACUGAGACACAGGCGACGUGAGGCGCCAGUCGGCCUUAGUCGUCACCAGUUCUUUGAUGUUAUUUUUUUUGUUUCUGGGCUCUUAGACUUCAUCUCAUUUGAGGAAUUGGCCUUUAUGUUUUGUAGGCACAUUGGUCUAUGCAGCAGAGAGGGGAGAAGGGAAAAUGCGAGUUGUGAAUAUAGAAAGGAAGGAAAACUACUCACGUCUGUCAAUGCACAGUUGAGAACUUUUGUUGUAUAAGAAAGUUGCGGCACCAAAGAAAAGAGUGGGGAGUUCCUGCGAUUCUUCAGGAUAGAGUUCAUGAAAAUGAAAUGAGACACCCCUUAAUACCUGCAUGGACUGAUAAUGUUGUACAUGGUAAUAACACUGGGUCAACCUGUGUUUCGAAGUAUCUAUAAUUAAACUGGAUGGUUUUUUUUGUUGUUUUGUUAAAUAAUUUCACGUCUGAUAAGCUGUAUCUGACAUAAAUGUAUUGUUUCUUUAUCAAAUAAUCAGUUUACUCUGUGGUCUGAGACAUUUCAAGACUCCACAUUCCUGUGAAAUUCAAGUUAAAUUGACUAUAAUUAUACACUACCUUCGUGUAGUUGGGAUGAUGUACUUGAAAUGAAUUAUUUCUGGUGUUAUGCUGAAAUUAUUUCAAACAAAUCAGUUUAAAGUCAUAUUCGUUGGUUGACAAGUCAAACAGCCACCAAAGAAAACACUCCAAGAAAAAUCUCUUAUAAGAAAAAAAUCCAGAUUAUAUUUUGUGACUGCUGGAUUUUGAUGUCCUUUUUUUUUUUUAUGGGUGGUACUGUGUAAUUACUGGGUGCAGACCAGUUACGUAGUACACCAUGGCACAAGAGAAACAUCAUCCUACGGUGCUUAAAGGGCGGUGCACUCCGUGUAGACACUACAGUGUAUUUGAAUUAAUGCAAUAUGAACCACAAUCUGCCACCUUUGAGCUCGAAGAAUAUUUAUUAUGAUUGAGUGCUGCAGGCUGAAGUGAUAAAAGUUGUAUUAUGUACUUUUUAGAUGAUUGUACGUAUACUGUAUACUGACAGAAGGAUGUCUGAAACUUUAUAGCGUGUGUUGCCUAUGAAGGGGGACUAUUUGACAAUUUCACUUUUUAUAUUUCAUGUUUAGAUUGUGAUACGAUGGAUAUAUUCGCUCCAUGAUAAUUCUGGGUUGUUAAUCUCCCACGCUUUUUCUACAUGAAUGUUCACACGGCUCAUGAGCCACCGUUGCUGGUUGUCCUACGAUGCUUCAAUUACUAUAUUUUUACUGUGUAUAAAAUGUGUAUAUGUACAUACGAGUCACGGAAAUGCCUUCUCAUGCAAUAUGUGCUGCCUGUCCCUCCUGCCAUGUUUCAGUUAUGUGGUAGUGAUGUUUUCAUGUCUGAUUUUAAAGGAUUAAACAUAUUUUCUAAA